AGAAUGCAGCUGAACGACUGUUGCUUCAAUGCAGCUAUUCAGCUUCAAAAAAAAAUUUAGGAUGUAAAAAUCUCAGUUUAUUAGCUGGAAUUUAUCUUCAUCAAAACAAACUUGAAUACAAAGGCAGCCUUUUUGAGGGGACAACGGAAACAAGGUAGGGAAAUUUGUGAAAGGGGGUUUCCUGGUAGACGACAUUGGUUGGAGAAAAGAAUGGGAGAAGAAUGCAAAGAAGCUGCCAGAAGAGUAAGAUGGAAAGGGAGAAACUAGGCUCCGUGGGAAGCCUCCUCCAAAGCACUGCAAUGUCUUGGGAUGACAUCAUUAUUCUGUUGAGACUGAUGGGAUUUUACUCCUGGCAUUAGUACAGCCGGGUUUUUACUCUUGAUGCCUAUCACUCAGAUGUGACCUCGCAGGCAAGGAAGUUACUGUGAUUGAAAGUGCUAAAAAAAAAAAAAAAAAAAAGAAAGAAAGAAAGAAAGUAAAAAAGAAAAGCCUGGUGUCACAUGCCUAUUGGAUUCAGCAUGAAGGACAGCCUUUGUGUUUAUUGCAUUUAAAGCUCAUCCAAAUCAAAUUUCUGCAUCAGAUUGUUUACAGAGCAAGAGGAAAGCUCGGCAUGUCUGAAUUUAUCCCAUAUGUUGACUCAUAGCUAUCUCAAUCAAAGCCAAAACUGCUAAACUGCUCCUAGUAAUACUUCCAGUCACCGACAGCAACUGCCAACCACCAAAAACAGGUAACAGCAGAGACAAACUUUCAGUCUACUUUAACCAGAAACUUGAGUCUUUGUGGAAGGAGAUUUUAGCUAUAGGAAACAGGAAUUUGAGGCGCAUUGGUGUCCUCUCUUCAGCAAAAUUAUAAGCAGUGAAAGUGCUCGCAACCGGAAAGCUCUCCCUAGCUACACUCCUCUGUGCCAAAACUGGUAUCCCAGGUCGCUGUACCACAUUGGGCCACUAUAGGACACUACCUUCUAACAUACAUAGGAGGACAUCUCUCCAGACAAAAUGUCAGCUUUCAGCAUACGAAAACAGCCUCCUAAACAAAGCGAUAACAAAAGCCCGUCUGUUGCAAUUAAAAGCAGACUACAGGUUAUUCAGGAUAUUAACAAGCGACGGACCCUUUUACAAGAUAACAGCUGGAUAAAGAAGAGAUCUGAAGAGGAAAGCGCUGAUGAAAACUAUGGAAGGGCAGUGCUUAACCAAUACAAAUCCCAAGAUAGCCUACACAGCAGUAGCACAAAUGAAAAGGAAGACCAGAAAUCUAUGCUUGGACGAUACAAGUCUGAUACUACCUUGGACAGAAUUCCAGCUAGAAGUGAUGAUAAAAUAAAUAAAUUCACAACUCUGGAUAAUAAACAAAGCAACAGACAAUCUUGGACUCCUGCUGCAUCAUCCACAAACACUGCUGCCACUUCUCCUAUCAAAAAAAAAAGGCAAUCUUGGAUGCCUCCACCAGUUUCGAGUUGUAAGACUGCCACAGAUACAGUGGAAACCAAAAAGACCUCUUCAGAAAAUUCAGAAGCUCCCACAGGUGCUACCUUUUCAUCAGAACAGGUGACCCCUCAGAAUUCAAAGACUGACAUGGAUGAUCAAGCUAUAACAAGAGAUCAGGACCAUGGUGAUCAUAUAGAAAUAAAACCUGCUGGUGCUCAAAGUAAAAAGAGCUAUAAUACUUCAGCCAGUUAUUCAAAUCCAAGGGACAUUGGUGUAUACUCAAGGACUUUUGAGGAAAAUAGCAAAUCAUCACAUGGUGGCUAUGAAGAAAAUAUAACCGGAAAUACUAUCAAAACUGUUUACUCUACUUCUGAUCAGAGUAUAAUUGGAAAAGAUAUAUGUACAUACUGCAGGAAGCCCUUGGGCAUAGAUGCCAAAAUGAUCUUAGAUGCCUUGCAAAUUUGCUGUCAUUCAACCUGCUUCAAGUGCGAAGUAUGCAAAAGACCACUAGAAGAUCUGAAAGCAGGAGACAGCAUUUGGAUUUACAGACAAACUGUGCACUGUGAGCCUUGCUAUUCCAAAGCUAGAGAAAAAUGGAUCUACUAAUUUGGACCUACACAAAGCAAGAUAAAGAAGUUCAACUGGUGUUAAGUGUAUUGGUCUGUUAAUUCAAGCUGCUAUGGAAAAUUAUUAUUAUUACUAGAACUAAAAUACUCUAAAUGUAAUCUUACUGUGUGGUUCCCAAAGGAAUGAAUUCCAGUAGAAUUUAAAUGUCUUUUUAUAUUGAUGUUCCAGAAAGCAAAACAAAAUAUUGUUCAGUAUCUUCAUCAGAUAUGUGAAACUGCUAAGUUGUUUGUAAAACUAAUAAUAAUUUAUUGAAAUGUUUUGAACAGCAGGAAUUACCUAUACAAAUACCUAACACAAGUUUUGCAUUGGCUAUAUUUUUUUUACUGAAACCAUGUUUCCUCAGAUAUAAAGAACUAUUAUCUUUAUAUAGCAUAGAUAGGAUUAAUCUCCUCUAAGAUUAGCCAUCUAAAAGUCAAUUAUAUAGUUUAAACUACUGGUUUCCUAUAGAGUGAAGUGAAUUCCCUCUGUAUAUUGAGGAGAGAUUUCAGUCUCUAGUGGGAGAUUGUUUCCAAGUAACGAAACAAGUCAUUUGAGGAAAAAAUCUAUCUCUAUUGACUACAGAGGGAUUUAGAUAAAAAUUGUUAGAAAGCUUAAGUUACUAGUAUCUCACUCCACGUUUUUAGUCCUCAAUUAUUGUAGUAUCAUUUUUUUAAAAAUGUACACUUAAUAGCUGCCAUGAAAUCAUGAAAUAUAUACUUUGCAUGACAGCAUGUAUUAAUCUUUUCUAUUUUAUUAAGCUCAAUCUGUAAGUGCCUUGGAUUCAUCUCAGCUAAAUUUAAACAUCUGCAAUGUAGAGAUCUACAUUUAAGCUACUUGUCCUAUUCCAUUUUUAUAGUCAUUACAGAGAAGUAGAUGUUUUUAGGAAGCAAUUCAUCUGAUCAAAUUGCAAACAUCUAUUUUACAAUGUGGUAAACCAUGCUCUGAAAGUCUGUCUUCCUUUCCACUGUCUGCCAAUGAUCUUGGAGUGAAUAACUGAUUCCUAGACAUCUACAUUAGGCAGGUGAACUCCUUCCCUGGAAACUACAAUGAAAGCAUUUUUUUUUUUCUUUUGGACAAAGUAUAUAUGUUAAGAUAAGAAAUGCAAAGAAGAGCUCAUAUUUUGUGAUAGUAUAAAUUUCCUCUACAGUCAAUAGUUGUUUGUCAUAUUUGCCUAAAAUAAUCAAUAGUUCAGGGUUUACUGGACCAAUGGAAGUGUUUACUGUUAUCUUCUGCUUUGGGAUAUUUUAGAUAAUGAUAUUCAGAAUUGAUUUUUCUCCCUUUUAUCUCAGCUGAAAAGAACUUCUUAGAUAUCUAUUUUUGACAGAAUCUAUUUUUCCUCCAAAGGCUGAAAAAAGUGAAGUACAUAUUAGUCAAAUGAUUCUCUCUCCCAAAAAAAUAACCCUAGAGUUAUGCAGAUUUAGUUCAAAAGGAAAACAGACAUGUAAAUAGAUCUAUUUCUUCUCUUGUUACUUAGGAGAUAAUUCAAUUAAUUAUCUAUAACAAACAUAAAUAUAAAAAGAAUGAAGGGGCUACAUAUUCUAGAAAGUGGUGGCCUCAGGGGGUUUAAAGUUUCCUUUACAGUCCAAUGAUCUAGCUGAUUGUGACUUCCUGGCACUAAAACCAGAAUACUCCAAGACUGCUGGAAUCUGAGCAGAUUUCAACCUUUUAAAAGGUUCAGAUUAAUGUUAGACUACUGAAGGGCUGUCCCAGCCAAAGUUUCUCUCUUCUUCUGCCCCUGCAGUAGUGGAGACAGGUGGUAUGGAUGUCUGUAAUUUCAGCAAUUGAAAGGAUGUAAUCUAGGUUGCCCAUCUUAAAUUAUGUUCAGUAUUGCACACAAAGAACUUGUGGAAGAGUAGAUAAUUUGAUUUGUUAUUAUUUAUGAAAAAUCUUAAGAAAUUAAGGCAGUAGCUUUAAUAAAACAUGUUAUUAUAAACAUUAUAAAUAUUUUUCCUGGUGUGUGUCUAUUGCUGAUGAUGUAUUUUCAUUAAAUUGUACCAAAUGUUAUGCUGUAUUUCGGUAGGCAACAAUGAAAUUUGUACAAGAGAAUUAGUGGAGAAGUUUUAAUGGUGGUUUGCAAAUCUGGUCCUAUUUAGAGACCAAUCGUAUUUGCUCAUGGUUGGCUACAAUGUAAUACAUUAGGUAUUGGUUUGAGCCACACCACUAGAAUACAGGAUUUUCUAGCUUUUGACGGGAUAUGAUACUGUAGUUCACUACUCUAGAAACCAGGAACAAACUCCAAAUAUCUCCUACUUAAAUGCUCACUGACAGAGAAGCAGCAAUACAGAAACAAUAAAUAGUAAUUCUCUGCUCAUUAAUUCAUCCUUGCUGAACAGACUUGAUAAUUUUGCUAUGUGUUUUUCCAUUUAAAAAAAUUUUUAUUAUAUAUUGUAAGUUUGCUGAAAAGAAACACUGGUUUUGUGAUGCUUGAUAUUUACCAUAUAAAAGCCUGGAUGUCAGUACUCAUUAAAAAAAAUCAUAUUAACAUCUCAAUACC